CGCCCGCGCCCGCGCCCGCCGGGCCGGAGUUCAGUUCGCAUCCGCAUCGCUCGCAAGUCACUGUUCCACUUCGCUUCGCUGUUCGGCUGUUCGGCUGUUCGCUGUCGCGGCCAUUUGACACAUUUGACUUGUGCACAACCUCUCCCGUUCACUUCCUUUUAUUCCUUCGACUUCCCAAGCGGAUCGGAAUUUUUAAUUUUGUUAUUUUCAUCCACGUACAUACAGCCAUGGAUGACGAUAUAACGAUUAUCAAAUCGCUAAUUGCCAUAAGCAAGGGAGGAUUACUCCUUAAAGACAUUCAAAGAGAGUAUCGUGACAUGAACGGGUAUUCCCUAAAUUUUCGUAAGUAUGGGUUCGAGUCCAUUGAACAAAUGCUACAAUCAUCAAAGGAUAUCGUCCUGCGACCCUCUGUUAGAGGUACUCUCUGUCAAGUGCAUGAUGAAAAGAUGAGCCAUGUUACAUCUUUAGUCGACAGAACAAAGACAAGGGGUGCUAAGAAAAAUAGACCAGGCCCAAAACUAAAGUCUUACAACCAUUCCAGAGGAUUUUCUCCACAGCCUCGAUAUGGUGUCAGCAGGCGUGGGAGUGUGAGUGAGCUUAAUAGAAGACCAUUUCAACCUGCAAAUAGAAUGCAAUACGACAACCACAGAAGAGCAGCUUCUCCUAGAACUCAAGCCGUCUCAAGAUUUCCAGCCACUUCACAUAAGAAGCAGUAUAGCCAGAAUUAUCAUCAUCAUCCUCAAUCAUCUGCUAACCAUUUUGAAAGAAGUAAGAGGAAUGAACCACAGCCAUUGCAAUCCAACGCCAUUGGUUCUACUGUCAGCAUACCGCUGAAAACAACUGAUGACACUAGUAGUGGGUGGAGUUCAGAUUCUUCAGAACCACCCCAUACUAUCAAGCCUUCUGAGCCCGCUGUAAGAAAGCCGUCAGAACCUAACUUGCGCAGUCAAACUGUUGUGAAGGCACAAGCAGUUAACAAAGCAUGCCAAGUGAUCAAGGGCAGCAGUACAACUAGUGAUAGUGAUUGGUCAUCCUUGGAAUCCGAAAGUGCUGCUUCUCGGACAGACGUCUCUAAGAAAAUUACUACUCAUCCCAGGAUCAAUUACCCUUCAGUGCCAUUACAAAAUGAUGCUGCCAAACUCCGACCACAGCUCAAGACUAAAUCAGACUCAAAUUCUGAUUGGUCAGACUCUUCAGGGCACAGUAAACAACAGCCUUCCCAAUCAAGCUCAAGUUCCAAACCAUCUUCUAGUGCUAUGCCAUAUGCUGAACGACCGUUAAUGGUUGGUGGUGUUGGUCGUGGUAGAGCUUACCUCCAACUUAGUAAAGUUAAACCUGAAAUGCACAGGCUUCAACAUCCAUCAACUGAUGUUAUUGUCACAGGAUCUCCUUGUAACCGUGAGACUUCCAGAACAGUGAAGGAUGGUCUGUCAACAAUUCUUGUCAAAGUUCGAAAACCUGCCAUUGCAAUUCCAAAGCUAAAGGAGGUGACUACUCUCUACCAAUUGCCAAAUUUUGCGAGUUAUCAAUUCAUUGGAGACUUCCUAUUGCACCGAGUAGCUGAAGUUACAUUGGGCUUAAAAUUCCCUGAAAAUAGAGGUCUCUGUCGUUGUCAUUUUUCAAUUGUGGACUGUAUAAAGGAAAUUAGAAAGAAUGGAAGUUCAAGACCUAUCAUUCUAAUGAUUGGGAUGACUGAUAUAUUAGAGGGAGCUACUUUUGACGAAAUGAAGAAGCUCACAACUCUGCUACUACAGACGAUGUCUGCGAGAAGCAUUGUGUUGUUGACGCUACCUGUUCUACCGUCAUUCAUCCAGAUUGGAUUUGAAUCAAAACUUGCUGUCUUAGAGAAGUACAACAAAUGGCUUCUGAAUCUCCCAUUGCAAAGGAAGUUUAAAGCUAUAAUUGAGACUGAACAGUACUUGUAUUGUGAUGCGCCAUUUUACUCAAGAACUGCCAGAUCUGAAGUGGAAACUUUUUCUGAUGCUGGCUGCUGGGUUGUUAUUGAUGAGAUCACAGCAGCAGCAACCAAAUAAUUUAUUUUUUACGGAAGACUGAUAUUAUCUUUUGUGUAUUACACUCUGAUGGCCCUUAGUGCCUGAUGUUCUUUUAUAAGUUAGAAUUUUAUUACAGAAUAGACAAUUAAAAUUUGUUUCAUUAUCAUACUGUAGGAUUUGUCAUUUACAAAACCUGUCAGUGUUUGGAACCAUGGAAAAUUUUGUCAGUGUGAUCUCUCUACCAUUUAAAUCAAAGUUUUAACAUGGUUAGAAAUAUGGGGCCUCUGUUAUUUAUAAUUGUGUGCUGUAAUCUCUUCAAAAAACAAUUGGAAUUUUUUUUUUAUUUUUUUGCUGUAAGUCUGUGAUACCUAAUAUAGUGGGCAGAUAUCAGUUGAUACCAAUUUGUUGAGAGUGAAGUUAAGCCUUAUGUAUUGGAGUGUUUUUAAAUAAAGAACCCUGUAAGUUUAUUAAAUACCCUUUAUGAUAAGAAAA